AUUAUGAAAUGUAAACAAUUCCUUCCUCGUGUUACAAGUACAGUACGUAUAUACAUGUCAUGUACCUCUCAAAUAAACCUUAAUGAUUUUUGACAGAUAUUUCAACUUGUUUAACCGUGCACAUUUAAAGGAAUUAAUCAUUAUAAAUACAAAGAACAUAGCCAAUGGCUUACCCACAGCAAGUAUAUCCCCAACCCCCGGUAUAUGCACAGCCCGCAUAUCCGCAACAAGGAUAUGGACAGCAGUUUGGAGGAUAUCCGCAACAAGGUUACGGUCAACCAGGAUACGGCCAACAAUCGUAUCCUCAAGGGCAAACAAUUAUUGUCACUCAGCCUCAGACAGUUCAACAGCCACAGAACAACAACGACAAAGACCGUGUGGUGCAGUGCUGUUUACUGGCAACAUUAGUGGUAGUUUGCUGCUGCUGUCUGAUGAGUGACUAGGAACCAGGGAAAGUCGAACGCUUGAUUAUGAUACUUUUAUAUUUAGAUACAUGUACAAAUGUAGAACUAUUGUGACAAGAAGGGAUUUUGCAAAAAUAUGACCGAUAUGAGUUUAUGAUUUGACAAAU